GUGGCGAAGAUGGCGGAUGGGGACAGUGGAAGUGAGCGCGGUGGCAGCAGCAGCGGAGGGGGAGGAGGUGGCGGUGGUGGUGGUGGAGGAGGAGGCGGCGGCGGUGGUGGUGGUGGUGGCGGAGGCUUCCAGCAUUACCAGCGGGAGCCGGAGACCCAGGAGCUGGCCUCCAAGCGGCUGGACAUCCAGAACAAACGCUUCUAUCUUGACGUGAAGCAAAACGCCAAAGGCCGGUUCAUCAAGAUCGCCGAGGUCGGCGCCGGAGGAUCAAAAAGUCGGCUGACUCUCUCCAUGUCAGUGGCGGCGGAGUUCCGCGACUACCUCGGGGAUUUCAUCGAGCACUACGCGCAGCUGGGGCCUAGCACUCCCGAGCAGAUCGCCCAGUCAUCGGGCGGCGAUGACAGCGGGCCUCGGCGGGCCUUGAAGAGCGAAUUCCUGGUGCGUGAGAACCGAAAGUACUACCUCGACCUUAAGGAGAACCAGCGGGGCCGCUUUCUCCGGAUCCGCCAGACCGUGAACCGAGGCCCCGGCUUCGGUGUCGGCGGCAUGCCCGUAGCCGGCAUGCAGGCCGGACAGACCAUCGCCCUGCCGGCCCAGGGCUUGAUAGAGUUCCGCGACGCCUUGGCCAAGUUGAUAGACGACUACGGCGGCGACGACGACGAGCUGGCGGGCGGCGGCGGAGGCACGGCGGGCUUCAGCGAGCUCCCGGAGGGCACCUCCAUCAUGGUGGACUCCAAGCGCUUCUUCUUCGACGUGGGCUCCAACAAGUACGGCGUCUUCCUGCGGGUGAGCGAGGUGAAGCCCAGCUACCGGAACUCUAUCACCAUCCCCUUCAAGGCUUGGGGCAAGUUCGGGGGCGCGUUCAGCCGCUACGCCGAGGAGAUGAAGGAGAUCCAGGAGCGGCACCGGGACAAGGCGUUCGAGCACCGGGCGGCGGAGGAGUCCGAGGGCGACGACGUGGAUGACGACUGACUCCCCACUUGUUUGUGUUUGUUGAUCCAGCUGACCAGACGAUACAAAGCCAGGGAGAUAAAACGAGAUCCAGAGUGCAUGACUUUUUAAAAUUCAGAGUUAAAAAAAAAAUAUAUAUAUAUAUUCUAAAACGUAGAUGGAGAAAUGAGUGUGGAUCCCUAUUGGUUGAGAUAUAUAUAUGUAUGUACA